UUGUUUUCGGAAUCUCCCUGCCGGAUCAAGUGGAGCCAGUAUCGUUGAGCUGAGCUCUGGCCACAGUUCUCCCCAUCGCCGAAGGGCCUUUCCUCAGUGACAGGAGUCAGUCCAGGCGGGUCGGUCAGUCUGCGAAUCCGUGCUUUCGGUGCCACCUUUAAUACCUGUGGGUUAUUCGGAUCUCACAGCGCCGGCUGAGCUCCACAGUGAAUCGCUGGGUGAGAGUCAACUACUUGCAGACCAUGGAUACUAAUGAGAAUUCCACAGAGAUUGAUGAAGGCCUUUAUUCCAGGCAACUAUACGUGCUGGGCCAUGAGGCCAUGAAAAGGAUGAAGAAUUCAAAGGUGUUGAUCUCUGGGAUGCAGGGGCUCGGUGUGGAGAUCGCCAAGAACAUCGUCCUUGGCGGGGUGAAAUCAGUCACGGUUCAUGAUGAAGGGAACGCGGAAUGGAAAGACCUCUCCUCUCAGUUUUACCUGACAGAAGAUGAUAUCGGGAAGAACAGGGCAGAAGCAUCGGAGCGGCACCUUGCAGAACUCAACAGUUAUGUUCCUGUAUCCUCGUAUACCGGGAAGCUGACUGAAGACUUCCUGUAUCAAUUCCAGGUGGUAGUGCUGACCAGUUCCUCGCUGGAGGACCAGUUGCAGAUCGGGGAUUUUUGUCACAGGAGUAACAUCAAAUUCAUCGCGGCGGAUACUAAAGGCUUGUUCGGCCAACUGUUCUGUGACUUUGGGGAGGAAUUCAUAGUGACUGACCUAACAAGCGAAGAGCCACAGCAUGCUAUGGUAGCAUGGAUCACCAAGGACAAUCCUGGCCAGGUUACUUGCUUGGAUGACGUGGUCCACGGAUUUCAUUCUGGGGAUUAUGUAACCUUCUCCGAGGUUCAGGGCAUGACGGAACUGAAUAACUGUGAACCCAUUAAAGUCCAGGUUAAUGGUCCUUAUUCCUUCUCCAUCGGCGACACAAGUCACUUCAGCGAUUACGAGAAAGGCGGGAUGGUGACAGAAGUGAAAAUACCGCAGAAAUUGAUGUUUAAACCCUUUGGGGAGGCACUGAAGGAGCCGACAUACCAGAUUACAGACUUUGGGAAAGUGAACAGACACGGAACCCUACAUCUUGCCUUCCAGGCUCUCCAUCAGUUUGUGAGAGAGUACGGCCGACUCCCCGAACCCUGGGGAAGGAACGAUGCAGAACGUUUAGUAGCCACUGCAAACAAACUGAGUGAGGAGUACCCAUUAAUCCUCAAUGAGAAGCCCCUGAAUGAGGAGCUAGUGAGAAAACUGGCCUAUGUUGCCACGGGCAACCUGAGUCCCAUCAAUGCAUUCAUUGGCGGUGUCGCUGCACAGGAAGUGAUGAAGGCCUGUACUGGAAAGUUCAUGCCCAUCAACCAGUGGAUAUACUUUGAUGCACUUGAGUGUUUACCUGAAGAAAAUGAAGAAUCCCUUUUAACUGGAGAAACCUGUCAGCCUAGAGCUUGUCGUUACGAUGGGCAGAUUGUGAUAUUUGGAGCUGACUUUCAGGAGAAGCUGAAAAGACAGAAAUACUUCCUGGUAGGCGCUGGUGCCAUUGGGUGUGAGCUGAUGAAGAAUUUUGCCAUGAUUGGCCUGGGAGCAGGAGAAGACGGGAGCAUUAUAGUGACUGACAUGGACACCAUCGAAAGAUCUAACCUCAACCGGCAGUUCCUCUUCCGACCCGGUGACGUUACGAAAAUGAAGUCCCAGACAGCUGCAGCAGCAGUGAGAAAGAUGAAUCCUUCUGUGCGAAUCACAGCCCACGAAAACCGUGUUGGACCAGAGACUGAGGACAUCUAUAACCAGGAUUUCUUUGAGAAUCUGAAUGGAGUGGCGAAUGCAUUGGAUAAUGUGGAAACUCGCAAUUACGUGGAUAGCCGCUGUGUGUUAUACCAGAAGCCAUUGCUGGAGUCGGGGACUCUGGGCACACAAGGAAAUGUACAGGUCAUCGUUCCUCACCUUACAGAGUCCUAUCGGUCCAGUGGGGACCCUCCAGAAAAAUCUAUUCCCAUCUGUACGCUCAGGAAUUUUCCCAAUGCUAUUGAGCACACGUUGCAGUGGGCCCGGGAUGAAUUUGAAGGAUUAUUCAAACAGCCAGCGGAAAACAUCAACAAGUAUCUCAAAGACCGUUCUUUUAUUGAUCAUGCAAUGGCGCUACAGGAAGGUCAGGCUUUGGAAAUCCUGGAAGGUGUUUACAAGAGUCUGGAUACCGAUAAGCCCGAGUCCUGGGCCGACUGCGUGGCCUGGUCCAGGAGACACUGGCAGACACGAUACAACAACAACAUCCGGCAGCUCCUGCACAAUUUCCCACCGGAGCAGGUUACAUCUUCAGGAGCUCCUUUCUGGUCGGGUUCAAAGAGAUGUCCUCAUCCUCUGGAAUUUGAUCCCAACAAUCCCCUCCACAUGGACUACAUUGUAGCAGCAGCUAACCUGCAAGCGGAGAACUAUUUUAUACCAGGCUCUCGGGACAGAGCGGAAAUCCAGAAGGUACUCUUAUCCGUUGAUGUUCCUCCAUUUACCCCAAAAUCAGGGGUGACAAUCCACACCAGCGAUGCAGAGAUGGAGGCAGCUGGAGGUUCAGCAGAAAGCGAGUGUGUGGCGGAACUAAAAGAACUCCUUUCCUCUCAUAAGAACACCCUACUUGAGAUGCAACCCAUUGACUUUGAGAAGGAUGAUGACACAAACUUCCACAUGGAUUUCAUUGUCGCUGCAUCCAACCUGAGGGCAGAGAAUUACAACAUUCCAGCUGCCGAUCGCCACAAGAGCAAGCUGAUUGCCGGAAGGAUCAUCCCUGCCAUCGCCACCACCGCAGCUGCAAUCGUCGGCCUAGUGUGUUUGGAGCUCUACAAGGUGGUGCAGGGUCACAGGCCAAGAAAUGCCUUCAGGAACGGCUUCAUCAACUUGGCCGUGCCUUUCUUUGCUUUCUCUGAGCCCAUGAGAGCUGCCACACAGAGGUACCGUGACAAAGAAUGGACAUUGUGGGAUCACAUAAGUGUACAAGGCAUCAAACCAAAUGGUGAAGAGAUGACACUGGCAGAGUUCCUGGAUUACUUUAAGGAAAAACAUGAUCUGGAGGUUACUACAGUCGUCUGCGAGGCCUGGAAUGUUUUCGCACCACACAUGAGUCAGGAGACACAGGAGGAGCGAUUAUCUCAGAGAUUGUCAGAGAUUGUGACGAUGCUCAGUAAGAAGAAGAUCGAGGAACAUGUGAAGUCCCUAAAGUUUGAGAUAGACUUUAAAACUGAGGAAGAUGAAGAAGAUUUUGAUCUUCGCACUGUUUUCUACCAGAUCCAGUGAAACGGCAGGGUAUUGAGACUUCCACCCUGUCCCUCUCACCCAGCCACUUGCACUAGUUUCUGAUAGUCUUUUAGAAAUCUCAGCAUUGUUGGUCUAUCAACAUUGCAAAGCUUGGAUAUUUUUAAAUGCUACUGUGUUUUCUCUCACAAAAAUAUUUUAUGAAGGUAAUAAUCCAGUGAAGCACCACAACUAAUGGUUUAGGUUCCCACUGUUGUGUGCGGACACUUAAUUAUCAUUAAAAAGUGAUGCCAAAGUUCAGACUGUGGACAGUCAAAAGCCUACAUUUCAGAUUGUCUUAAACUCUGACAGCAAUCCUCUUUAAAGUAACCUCCAGCAGAAAAUCUAGACUGCACUGUUGUUUCAUUCCAGGAUCUAGAUUUGAAUCCAACCCAGAUUGAGGGGAUGAAUAUAUCUUCUGUAUAUUUCUUUUUGUUCACUGUAAAGAUGCCAAGUGGCAUGAACUGGAGCAGUCACAACUUACCAAGGCUUCUUAGACAGCACCUUCCAAACCCACGACUGCUACCAUCUAGAAGGACAAGGGCAGCAGACAGGUGGGAACACCACCACCUGUAAGUUCCCCUCCAAGCCGCUCACCAUCCUGAC